CGCCUCCUCGGUUUAAGGAAUGGGGAGAGGGAGGCCGGUCGAAGAUAGUGGCCUUGGUGUCCCUCCAGCAGUCAUGGGCAAAGUAAGAGGUGGGAGAGGGUUGCUUGUCUAAGGUAUAAUUAAGGCCGACUGCGGUCCCUCAGGCUUUCGGGAGGAUCAGGACGAGGACGCCAGGAGAGCUUUGGGAACCGGAGCCGCUCUGCCGGUCCCGCGUGGAGUGGGUGGCGCCCUCCUCCAUAUGCGCGCGCAAUUGCCCUCCAUCUCCCCCCCCCCCGGUGCUUCAUCUCUUUCUCCCCUCUGCAAUACGCCGGCUUUCCAUUGCGGUGUCAGGACUGGAGUCCUUGAUUUCGUCUUCGGCUGCCCGCGAAGUUUCGGGGUGCCGUGGAAAGAGCUUCGUCUCGUCUCCCGGUAUUGGAGGAUGAACAAUCUUUCAUUUAGUGAACUCUGCUGCCUAUUCUGUUGCCCACCAUGUCCAGGAAAAAUAGCUUCCAAACUGGCAUUUUUGCCCCCAGACCCCACCUAUACACUCAUGUGUGAUGAAAGUGGGAGUCGUUGGACUCUACAUCUUUCUGAUCGAGCAGACUGGCAAUACUCUUCUAGAGAAAAAGAUGCUAUUGAAUGUUUCAUGACUAGAACCAGCAAAGGUAACAGGAUUGCCUGUAUGUUUGUGCGUUGUUCCCCUAGCGCCAAGUAUACUUUACUUUUCUCGCAUGGGAAUGCUGUUGAUUUAGGCCAGAUGAGCAGCUUUUACAUAGGACUUGGUUCACGGAUUAAUUGCAACAUAUUUUCAUAUGAUUAUUCUGGAUAUGGAGCAAGUUCUGGAAAACCAACAGAGAAGAAUUUGUAUGCUGACAUCGAUGCUGCUUGGGUAGCUCUUAGAACAAGAUACGGAAUUCGCCCUGAAAAUGUGAUUAUAUAUGGCCAGAGCAUAGGAACUGUGCCAUCUGUGGAUCUUGCUGCUCGUUAUGAAAGUGCUGCUGUAAUUCUACAUUCUCCUCUGACCUCAGGAAUGCGAGUAGCUUUUCCUGAUAUAAAGAAAACAUACUGCUUUGAUGCAUUCCCAAAUAUUGACAAGAUAUCUAAAAUAACUUCUCCGGUGUUAAUAAUCCAUGGGACUGAAGAUGAAGUGAUUGACUUUUCACAUGGCCUAGCAUUAUUUGAACGUUGCCAAAGACCUGUGGAACCAUUGUGGCUUGAAGGGGCAGGACACAAUGAUGUGGAACUUUACGUACAGUAUCUUGAAAGAUUAAAACAGUUUGUAUCACAGGAACUGGUGAAUUUGUAAACCGCUUUGUUUAGUUACUUGUUGAAUUUCAUUGCUGAACUCCAGAUCUUAAUAGCCACAACAUAAAACCUGAUGGUUUUGUUUUCAAAUCAGGUCAGUUGCCUUCAUAAAUGUACAGGUAAAAUGAUUUGUAAACAUAAUUAAUGAAGGUUUUAAUGCCAGUAUUAACUGGAAUUAUAGAUGAUGGAACAAAACCUGUGUAGUUUAUAUAUUUUGUGCAAGUUUUCUUAUAUACUUAAGUCAAUUUGCAAAUCUUUUUAAGAUGUACAACAAUCUUAGAAGGAAGUACAAUUUUAAUUAUGUAAACUCUGAUGCUGUAAACAUGUUGCCAAAUGCUUUAGCAUAUCCCAAACAAGUUUAUAUACAAUAUUUUUAAAACAUCUCAAAAUGUACUGUGACAUGUUCUGUUGCACAGGUAUAAUUGAAGCCGUUAUAAAAUACAAAUAGCCAUUGCAUUUGAAGGAAUAAAAAAGAAUGAAGACAACCACUUGAAUUUUACAGGCCUUAUUAUAGGGAGCAAAUCAAAAUAAGUAUUUUAUUACCUUGUCGUCUUCUCAGUGUUUUUGUUCUUUUCCUAACUGAUUAAUGGCCAAAAAUGCUGUUUUCAAAGCACUGCUCUAUUAACAAGGCCAAUAGAAACUCAACAAAAUACAGAACCAAUAUCUCCGUGAUAUUGGCAAGUAAUCUACGGAACUUUAUAUACAGCUAUUUUAAAAUAAUCAUGUAAAAAUCUUCCAAAAAAUCUAAUAUUGAUUUGAUUUUUUUAUAUAGACAAACUUACAGACUUAGUUGACACUUUGAUUUGAAUGUUUUACAAUAUAGAAUUGUUUCAAUUAUUAUGAAAAGUUUACUAAUGUACUCCUAUAUAGUAAAACAAAUGUUGACAACUCAUCAUAAAAUAAGCUGCCUUUCCCUAGAAUACAUUUUUGCUUGAAUAAAAUUAAAAAUAUAGCCUGACUUGUAAGCAAAAUAAUAUUCAAAUACACACUUUGCUUCUAAUUUUAAAGCCUUAUGUAGUUAACCUGUUCUGCUUAUUCUUGUGAUUGUCUGAGAAUAUUGUAUGAUGUAUUGUAAAUGCUUAGAUUCGGAUUGUUUAACUCUUAAGAAAAAUUCUACAAUUCUGAAGUGUUUGUGCAAAACAUAAACUGUUCCUGAUUAGUUCUUUCUCUGUGAAUAACAGUAAGAGAGCACAAUUUCUGAUGUGACUAAAACAUCUUGCUAAACUCUAGUGAUUCCUAAAAUCUAGAUCGAUUUCUUGUUGCCAGCGGUUUUACUACUUAUAGCAUCCACUUUUUUAGGGGAUAGAAGACAUUUGACAAGUGUAUGCUGCCAUUUUGAGCAAGCCAUUGUGGCUUCUAAUUAAAUUGCUUUUUUGAUUUCAUAAAUGAAGGACUUAAUAUAUUAAAUAUAUAAGGCAAACUGUGAGUUGUCACAAUAGCUAGCAAAUGUUUGUCAGUUACAGUGUUAGAUCUAGGAAAAGUAAUGAUUCAAUCCAUACCAUUUUAAUAUGUUUAAUAUGCCUAAGCCAACCUUCAUGAACUAAUUGUAUCCCAUGGCAAUUUGAUCACGCAGAGACUGAAUCCAAGAAAAAUAGCAACCAGUUCUUUGCUUGAGAUGCUGUUUUACCAGUAUAAUUUAAAGGAUAUCUUUUAUUAGUAUAUUUAAAAAUACAUACCUUGUCCAGUUAGAGUGAUGCACUAGCGAUUGGAUUCAGUUUUAGUUAUUAGUCCCAUAAAUUUAAUGACUUCAGUGGGUGCAUUCCAAAAUCAAUAAAAUCUCAAUGCUUGGAGCUUGAUCAUUGAUCCUAAAAAUAGUUUUGAUUUGAAUGAAAUACUGAGAAAAUUGAUUACAUUUUGGUAAUUUUAACUUUUUGAGUUUCAGAUUUCUUUUUGACUUUCAGAUUACAUCUUUUCUCUAAAAUCCUUAAUAAUUCAGAUUAAAAGUUGCUCUAGUAAAGUUCAAUUUAAUAUCAAUAUUGUUUCAUAUAUCCUUUCUUAGAACAGUGGAAUAAAUAGGGUCAAAAGUGAUUUCUACCAGCCAAAGAUGUAGAUUGGGAUUGAUGAAUAUAUGAAUUACUGUUGUGUGCUGGUGCAAGCAACUUGCCAUUUUACAAUAGAGUGUUUGUAUCAGUAGCAAGCUCAUUUAUAUUAUGAUUAAAUUGCCCUACAUUUCAGAUUGUAUUUACUAAGAAUGUAGAAUUUGCCACUCUGUAUGAUUUGGUUGUUAGGCAAUGAGUUUUCCCCUAGUGGCUAUUAUCAACAGUAAUUUACAACUACAGCUGCUUUGUCUUUCAAUCAUCUGCAUUCAUAUAGGAGAAGUAUAUGGGUAAAGUUGUGCAUUUAUUUACUAGCAGUAAAGCGAUAAGUACUGCCUCUGGAUGUAGCAACUUAAUGUAAAAGAUAUAACACUAUACCGUCCAUUCCAUCCAUAUUAAAUAAGCAUGAUAAGUUUUACCUUACCAAAACAAAUCAGUGAUAACUUUUAAGUAAUCUGAAUUAUGUACUUUUGAUGCAUACUGGCUCUUAUGGGGUGGGAGAAAUAUGAUUCCAUCUAAUAGGACACAAGCAUACUGUUAAGAAAUAACAUUUCAAUUUUACUUAAUAGUAAAAUUGUUAGUAAAAUUGUAUUCCUAAAACAUAUUUUUUACAAUAAUUUUUAGAAGAGGAAAAGGAAAAGGGUGGUAAAUUGCUUCCCCCCAUCCACCCAAGAGAUUUUAAGAGUUUGGCAGGCAUUUAAGGCAAUACUGACAGUUCCAGAUCAAAUUUGUUUCUGGUUCUUCAUUAUUACUGACUCAGUUAUGGUAAUUUCAGCAGAACCCAGAGAUAAAAGCCAUUAGUGAAAAAAGUCUUGCCAUCUUUAUUAUGAAAUUGGUGGUUUUAAAAAACUUUACGCUAAUAAAUAUAUUCACUUUUGUGCUGUGUCAAGCUGGGUAACUAUAAUGAUCACUGAUAUGCGGCCCAAUUGGAUGCUAUAGUUUGCAAGUAAAUGGAUGUAAUUGUCUAAUAUAAUACUGCACACUACCUCAAACUGACCCUAUUACUCUUGGGUAGUUGAGCCUCCACAUUUGGAAAUGUGGAUACAAGGUAAUGACAGAUAUAUACAUAAUUCCAGAAAAUAAACAAUUUAAAGAAGUCUUGUAAGUGGAAACUAUUUAGAUUAAGUUAAUCUUGAAUGUUAAUCUUUACUAUGUUUGCUUGUGUUUGUCCUUUUGUUUAACAUUAGAUUAAUUCAGUGUCAAGCCUGGUCCUAAGCUUUACUCUGGAAUUAUUUCUGUUUUAAAAAAUCCUGCUAAUCAUUGUACAUUUAGACAGCUCAAAUAAAACCUAGCUUUUGAUUAUAGUGUUUCAAUUUUUUUUAUAAAUGGUAAUGGAAUCCUGUUUUCAGUAUUG